UCCUGGGAAAAGUCCCUGGAGUGGCUGGGGGCAGGAAGGGAAGCAGUCCUUCCCGGUGCCACAGGCAGGAGGCCAGGGGAGGUGCAUGGGGAGCGGGGAGGAAGUCCCCUCCUGGGCAGGUCACUCCCAGAGGCUGGGUUGGGGCGGGGCAGGCGAUGGAGAGCAGAUUUGAGCUCCUGGGAUACCUUCGAGCCCGCUGCUGCCCAGCUUCCCAAGAAUCCAGGAGCCCAGCCAGGUGUUCAGGACACCCGCCCCGGCCCCAACAUGCUUGUGGCUUCCACCACCUCUGGCUGCCCAUGGGGGCUGGGGCUGCCCUUCCCUCCAUAUCAUCUGAGGUGGGGAGAUGAUGUGCGCUCUGCUGGUGGAAAGGAAGCAGAAGAUCCAGCUGUUCUUGGAGCCGUCUCUCCACCUCUCCCACUUGGCAACAGCAGCAAGGAGAAGCCUGCGGACACCCGGAACCAGCUGCUAGCCCAGGCAGAGGUGGCCCUGCUCUCCGUAGUCUUUGUGGCUGUGGUCCUGAGCAAUGGCUUGGUGUUGGGGGCCCUGGCGCGACGGGGCCGUCAUGGCCGCUGGGCACCUAUGCACGUCUUCAUCGGCCACUUGUGCCUGGCUGACCUGGCUGUGGCUCUGUUCCAAGUGCUGCCCCAGCUGGCCUGGGAUGCCACCGACCGCUUCCAAGGGCCUGAUGCCCUGUGCCGGGUCAUCAAGUACCUGCAGAUGGUGGGCAUGUAUGCUUCCUCCUACAUGAUCUUGGCCAUGACAUUGGACCGUCACCGUGCCAUUUGCCAUCCCAUGCUGGCACACCGCCACGGAGGUGGAGCUCACUGGAACCGGCCAGUGCUGGCGGCCUGGGCCUUCUCGCUCCUUUUCAGCCUGCCACAGCUGUUUAUCUUUGCCCAGCGUGAGGUGGGAGCCAACAGCGGGGUCUUCGACUGCUGGGGUCACUUUAUUGAACCCUGGGGCCUUCGUACCUAUGUCACCUGGAUUGCCCUAAUGGUGUUUGUAGCACCUGCCCUGGGUAUCGCUGCCUGUCAGGUGCUCAUCUUCCGGGAGAUUCAUGCCAGCCUGGUUCUGGGGCCAGCGGAGAGGCCUGGGAGGCGCCGAAGAGGGUCCCAGACAGGCAGUCCCAGCGAGAGGGCCCCUGUGUCAGCAGCUGUGGCCAAGACCGUGAGAAUGACGCUGGUGAUUGUAAUUGUCUACGUGCUGUGCUGGGCACCCUUCUUCCUUGUACAACUGUGGGCAGCGUGGGACCCGGAGGCACCUCUGGAAGGCCCCCCCUUCGUGCUGCUCAUGCUGCUGGGCAGCCUCAACAGCUGUACCAACCCCUGGAUCUAUGCCUCCUUCAGUAGCAGUGUCUCUUCAGAGCUGCGCAGCCUGCUCUGCUGCGCUAGGAGGCGCACCCCACCCAGCCUGGGGCCCCAAGAGGAGUCCUGUGCCACCGCCAGCUCCUUCCUGGCUAAGGACACUUCCUCCUGAGAAGCCAGGGGGCGCCUUCCUUCCAGAAGCUCCACAGAGCUCAGCUGCCUGUCAAGGGGCUGGUCCUGGCAUUCAGAGAGAGGAGGGCCAACUGGGAAUUGGCUCCGGAUAGUGACGGGCCCAGGGCAGCUCCUUUGCACCAGGUAUGAGGAGGGGCUGCAGCGGCACUGCGUGGUCCAUGGCUUCUGCCCUAGGCAGAGCCUGCCCCUGAGAUAGAGGUCCCGGGGAGCCCAGAAGGAAGGAAAGAGGGCAAGGCCAGGGGAGCUCCCUUUCUUCACUCGUGUAUUUGCUCUCUGUGUCCCUUCUCACUCUCUCCCUAAUAAUAAAAGUAUCAGCUCAUUUUCCA